UGCGCUGCUGGCAGACGGACGCGCGCUCUCCCUGCUGCGGCCCAGCCCCCUCCAAGUCCUUCGCUCCUUCGUCGCGCGUCGCUAUGGUAACCGCUGUUGUUGGUGCGUCGCCCUUCUUCUCCGCCUGACCCGAGUGAAUCGGACGAACUGUGUGACGACGAGUGUCAACCAGAAAAGGAAGCAGGCAUUUGUUGUUGUUAUUUUAAUUAAUAAGAAUUGGUACAUAGAACGGUGGUGACGGCCGACGGUGGCGAGUGGUGCUUGUCAGUGGUGGUUGGUGCGAGGCGAGAGUGAGACGAGUUGUGCGGGACGAUGGCGCGUGCGUGGGUGAUGGUGCUGGCCCUGGCGCUGACAUUGGGUGGUGCCGCGGCGGGCCCCGUCAUGCUGAAGAACGGCGGCUACGAAGGCAUCGUGGUGGCCAUCGACGAAGACGUGCCGGCAGACGGCUGCCGCAACGUGCUCAACAGUCUAGAGAUGUCGCUGUCGACGGCGUCGUCGUUCCUGCACGCGGCGCUGGACGGGCGCGCGUACCUGGCGUCGGUGACGGUGCUGCUGCCGUCCACGUGGCCCGACAACUGCGCGCCGCGGUACGUGCACAGCGCCACGGGCGAGACGGCGGACGUCCGCGUCGGCCCCCCGCACCCCGUGUUCGGCGACGCCGCCUGGACGCAGCAGCCGGCCGGCUGCCGCGAGCCCGGCGACUUCAUCUUCGUCGGCUACCAGCAGCUGCUGCAGUCCAAGAAUAUCGGAAGGGCGCUGGCACGAGAAUGGGCGAAAUACCGAUACGGCGUGUUCGACGAAAUUGGCUACCAUGGAGACCCAGUAUAUCCGGUUUGCUACCGAGCGGACGAGGAGUACAGCCAAGUUACCGGGUGUUCAGACCUGCGCAUUGAUGACCAAGGGUUGUGCGCAAACCCGGGCGCGCUGCGCAACGUGAGCGCGCUGGUGCAACCGGACGCCCGCUCCUCGGUGCUGUUCGCGGCUGAGUCGACGCGCGUCACCCGCUUCUGCGACGAGCACACGCACAACCGCUUCGCGCCCACCAAGCACAACCUGCUCAUCGGCGAGGCGUCGCUGGCGGCCAACACGACGCCGUCGGUGCAGUACAAGCGGCGCUCGCACACGCGCUACGUGCUGGUGAUCGAGGAGACGAUGGGCAUGCUGGUGCGCGAGUCGUGGAGCUACCUGCGCUUCGCCGUGCGCAAGUGGGCCGUGUACGACCUGCCGUCCAGCAGCGAGGUGGGGCUGGUGCUCAGCAACGAGACGUCGCCCAACCGCCUGCACCAGCUGUCGCCGCUCAUCAGCCCCGCGGCGCGCGACCUCGUCGCGGCCAACAUCCCCUACACGCCCGUCGACUCGCACGCGCCCGCCUGCCUGCACUGCGGCAUCCGCGAGGCCCUCGAUAUGCUGAAAGAACGAACGACAACACAUGGCCCAGCGAGUUCUGUGAUUGUUGUCAUUGCUCCUGGAAUGGACCAUGUGAAGGAAGUAAACGCUUUACUGCCUCGAGCGAUCAGCUUUGGAGUCAAGAUUGCCACCAUCAACUAUCCCCACAUCCAACGACCUUCUUCACUAGACUCAUUAGCCCAUGCUACUGGUGGAGUAGCUUACACUGUCAUGGAAGAGCGAUACAAUAUGGCCAUAUCUUUUGUUUCCACUUACUUCAAGCUGGCUAAUGUCAUGUUCAGUAUUGCAACGCGCUUUUAUGAAGGAAGACCAAACGGCAUGCCUGUGGAGAUUCAUCGGCGAGAACUGACUGAUGAAAACCGCAGUAGUGUAACAGGAAGUUUUGUUCUGGAUGAAUCUCUCGGAGAACCAGCACGAUUUGCAAUCUUCACUCAUAGCACUGAUAACCCUCUCAUUCGAAGCAUUUCAUUAGUGAGCCCCUCUCAAUUUACAUAUUCUACACGAUCUGAUAGUCUGGCUCUGGUGAAAAUGCUUACCCUUCAAGCGACCAUUAAUGAAACUGGCACAUGGACAUACUAUAUUGAGAGGUACUCAGGAAACCCACAACCACAUUAUGUACAAGUGAUGGCCACACCUCGCACAUCUACAGCUCCUGUGGUUCGAGCUCGUGCUUGGACCAGUAAGAACUUAUCGCCUUUGGUGCUUUAUGCUGAGGUUAAGAAAGGUGAUUAUCCUGUUAUGGGAGCUAAAGUUGAAGUGAUAGUGACCAGACCUGGACGAAAUGGCACCCAAUUCUUCCGAGAAAAGUUUGAAAUGUUGGAUACUGGAAGUGGAGAUCCGGAUGUAACUAAAGGUGAUGGAAUAUAUUCAAGAUACUUCAGUGCUGCAGGAAGUGCUACUGGCUUGUAUACAUUUGAAAUAAUAGUCACAGAUAAUGGCAACACAGCAUAUUCGUGGCAAGAUAAUCUGAUCCCACCAAAUGGUGACUCUGGUCCUGUUUGUUGUGGAAGUGCUGUUCCUCCUGCUGCUGCCCAGCCCCUGCAACCAUUCCAGAGAGUUUUACCACCAAUCUCAAUCAUCUUUAAAGCCGAGGAUGUAAUGUCACAACCCAUCUUGGGAAGAAUUGGCGACCUCCGAGCUCGUGUGAUUCCCAGUGAACUCAAGGCACGCCUGCACUGGACUGCUCCAGAUAUGGGAGGAGUUAAUGUCCAACGCUAUGAACUUCGCUAUGCAUACAGUGCUGCUGACAUCAUUGAUCGUUUUGAAACUAUGGGAAGAAUAUGGGAGUAUGGUAGCCCUUUCUCUCUGGCAGCUGGGUCAGACACAAUGUUCAACUUGGAAUUUACAAAGAAUCCCUCUCUCCUGGAUCAACCUCUCUACUUUCGUUUGAGAGCCUUUGCUGAUAAGAACGAUGAUGCUUCUGGAGGUCCCAUCUCUAACUGGGUGCGAGUUCUUGUUCCAAGUCCCCCACCACCUCCCCCUCCUCCUUCCACUUCUCCUAAUUACACUCCAGAUUUAUCAUCUUGGUCUUACGAUGGAGAUGACGAUGCUGCUGUUGUACCUCGUAUUGCUCAAGGAUCACCUUUUACCUUGGAGCUCAUACUUCCUAUUGUUGGAGGAAUUGCUCUAUUGGCAGUGUGUAUUGCUGUUUACUGCUAUGUGUGUGUCCUGCGCAGAAGACAUGGAAACUCGGACAAAAAAUCCAAUUCCAAAGAUAAACAUGCUGCAAAUGGAAAACAGCAAGUAACUCCUUCAGGUACUGCUGUAACUAUCAUGCCAUCUGCUAUUCCAAAUAGCAACAGUAAUACUUCAUUGUCACAACAACCAGCAGAAACAACCACCGUCAAUAUGUCUCCACAAUUUGAACAUGACCAAGAUGAGAAAAAGAGAUUUAGUGUGGCACAGUUGCAACAAGAGGAGCAACUGCUUCAGCAACAACACGAGCAAAUGAUACAACAGCAACAGCAACAGCAGCAACAGCAAACCCCUCAGCAACAACCUCAGCCUCAAAUAGAUAUGUCACCCAAUAUAGUCGCACUACCAAGUCCUAAUAACAUUAGCACCAUUUCUAGUGGAGGCAGCAACACACUGGUGCGUGGUCGGACUCUUAGUCCUUACCAAUCCUGGACUGCAUCUCAACUCCUGCAUGAACACGAACGCAGGCACAGCCCCUAUGGAGGCAUGGCUGAUGAGGGUAUUGUUGCUGGUGGCAGCCAUGCCCAACUCCCACCCCCUGUCCCACCUCUCCCCACAUUUAACUCCAAUCACAACAAUGGUAUCUAUUCCUCCUCUGGCCCCAUCUACGGCGUGCAUCCUGGAGCUCUAACUAAUGGUAACUACCAUAGAAAUGGCUCUUUAGUUCCUUUCAAUCCGAGCCUGCAAGGAUCCUUGAGUUCUGUGAGCAGUGGUGAUCGGAAGAAAAGAAAUGUUACUAUGGUGUAGAAGCAUGGACAUAGGAUGCGGAGAACUGAAAGGAAACAUGGACAGCUGUGAAUCUCCCACAUGUCUGAAUCCACAGAACGUGGUGCUUAACCAGUGGGAAGGAUCCUUCUGUUUCUUGUGUUGUGAUUCUCUCCAAACGCUAUUUCUAUUGAUGCACAGUGUUUGUGUAAUGUCCAAGUGCACAACUUUGACCCUGUACUGUACUACCAGAACUUAAACAAUUAGUGUAUUUAGAUGGUCACUGAGAUGAAUCUCAACAUUGAAUGAACAGAAAUGAAGUAUAUUGUUUAUAUUGUUACAACCAGGAUUGAUGCUGAAAUCAUAAUUUUCUGGGAACAUCUUUGAAUAUACUGAAAGUGAAUAAAAGGGCUGUGUUGUUGAAGUGUUGUACAAAGGAGUGACUGCCAAUGAAGGAGUUUGAAUGGUCAUGAAGACCUACUUCAUAUAGACUCACCUUCAAAGGAAUUAUGCUUAGUGGGUGUAAAGAACAAUUGGGAUGAACCCAAAAAUUGCAAACAUCUACCGCAGACACACAGUUUGUAUUAUUUAGAUGUUAUGCUACUUUGUUUUAUCAUCUAAGGACAAUGUGCCAAAUGUAGAAACCCAUGAGAACCAGUGUGCACGACUCGGACCUUUCUUCAGUCCUCUCAUGAAGGUCGGGUCUGUCCCAUCUAGUCACAGUGAUGGCCUGUUUUGAUAGUCAAAUGACUCGAGCACAGGCAUUGCUGAACAUAAUUACAACAAGCACAACCACUAGUUUAAAUGUCAAUGGAUAUGUUUAUGAAUAUAAUAAAUGACAUAAAUGUUAUCAGUGGUUUCCUCAGAUGUGUUUCAAUAAGUGUUCCAUUAUUUCAUCAUAGGUGUUUUUCUUGGUUCCUUAAUUGAAUGAAAAAAUCAAACUCCUUUCUCAAGUUUCAUGAUGUAGCAUAUACUAGAAGAUAACAUCACAACAUUUAACCAUAUGUGUGUCAUCUUAUAACUCACUUGAGAUCCACUGACUAAGUGCCAGUAUCAAUUAUUAAGUAAGUUUUAUGUCUUGUGCUUGAUUGUUACUGUUCUGGUACAAUGUGAGAAUCACACCAUUCACCAUAGCUGUUAAACAGUUCAUUUAUAACAAUAUUAUUUGCAAGUUGCAAAAUAAUUUACAUUGUAUGUUUUGCUGCAACAGGAUAUUUGUGUAUAGUGUAUACUUUUAAUGAAUAAUUAUGUAUUAUGUAGCACAAUGAAAAAGUUUUACAAUUCACUAGCAUUCUAUUAGAAACAUUUCUAAACAAAACAUGGAACAAUCAUAUGUUUAUUGAGGAAGUCUUUCAUGGCACAUACCAAAUAUAUUGAAUAUUAAAGUUAUUUUUAUUAUGGUCACAGAUGAUGUGAUUCUCUUUUGAGGUUAAUUUUUACAAUUUAGAAUUAGUCUUGUGUGUGCAUUUAAUGUAUACUGCAAAAUAUGUUCUCUUGGGUUAACAUUUAUUUUAAAGUAUAUCAGUUCCACUACCUUUUGAGAAAAUUUAGAAAACAUAGUGGAAUUGAUUUACUUUAAGAAUAUUUUUAAGAAAGCACAGAAUACUCCAUUCCAAGGCAUUUCAAGUAGAGCAACUAUUUUAUGCCAAUCACAGGUUUCAUUGCCUGAAGGCUCAUUCCGAAUAGAAUUGUCUCACAUAGGAGUUAUUCUGUACAAUAUCCAAUGUAGGAUGUAAUGUUAAUAUUUGUAACA